UGAGAUUAACCCACUCUCAUCGGAUGAUCGGUUUAUUUUGUCCUCCUCCUAAAAUUCGUAAAAGGACAUUGUCGAAGAUAUACAUAUGUAUAGAACGUGAAAGUUAUCGAAGUAUUUGAUCACCCGUUGGACGAACAAAACGCUUCGUCGAACGCAUUCUCAGUCGACGAAGGAACGUUCUCUCGCGUGGUUCCUAUCUACAGGUGUGCGAGUGAUCAUCUCCCUUAGAGAGACGAGAGUGUAGCACAUCUAAGUAUGGGUGUCACUCACGCCAGCAGUCUAUUCGUCGUGCUCGCUGUAUUUCUAAUAACAGUGGAGGGAGGCGAUAUAAUACGCAAGAGUAUUGUUUUCGACAAGAACACGCCGGACGUGUUUUAUUGUCCUCAGCAUAAGCCAACGGGAUUUGAAAAAAUGAUCGUUAAAGCUAAACCUUUAUGGAGGCUUUGUCAAUUCGAGGGUAAACCCAUUCCGGAAGAUUAUAAAAGUGACUGUUACAAUGACGUAGAUGAAUCGGAGUACGCUUGUAAGGAAAAAUACAGAAUUAUGAUGAGACUCCAUCCACCGGGAAGCAAUACGCCAUAUAACGGGACGCGUCUUUCGAAAUUUCUUACCGUCGAUAAAGAUGAAUAUGUAAAAAAGAACCAAGUAUAAUUUUAUUCUAUUAUUUAUUUCUUUGAGACUUACAUUU